AUGUUUUCCCUCGCCAAUGUGGCCCAGGGGCUGCCGGCGAUCUCGCAGUCCCUGCGGCAGCUCGCGCCGGUCCUGACCCGCGCCUACCACAAGAACGUUCUAGACCACUACGAGAACCCGCGCAAUGUCGGCAGCAUGGACAAGGACGACCCCAACGUCGGGACGGGCCUCGUGGGCGCGCCUGCGUGCGGCGACGUGAUGAAGCUGCAGAUCAAGGUCGACGAGAACGGGAACAUCAUCGAGUCGAAGUUCAAGACGUUCGGCUGCGGCUCGGCGAUCGCGAGCAGCAGCCUGGCGACCGAGUGGGUCAAGGGCAAGACGAUGGAGGAGGUGCUGGAGAUCAAGAACAGCGACAUCGCGAAGCACCUGAACCUGCCCCCGGUGAAGCUGCACUGCUCGAUGCUCGCGGAGGACGCGAUCAAGGCGGCCGUGAAGAACCUGAACGAGAAGCGCGCCAAGAGCGGCGCGGAGGCGAAGCAGGCCGCCGCGUAG